AUGCCGGGAUCGGCGCUGAAGACCAUACCCCUCACUUGGCCGUUCGCCGUCUGGGGCCUGGACAUGGUGGGAAAAGUCAAAACAGCCCCCGGUGGGUACACUCACCUCUUAGUCGCGGUGGACAAGUUUACCAAAUGGGUGGAAGCCAAACCCAUCAAGAAGUGCGACAGAAAGACAGCCACCAAGUUCCUACGUGAGCUUAUCUACCGCUACGGCUACCCUCACAGCAUCAUAACCGACAACGGCACAAAUUUUGCCAAAUGGGAGAUGGCCGACUUCUGUGAAGACAAAGGCAUCCGACUCGACCUCGCGUCAGUCGCACACCCCGAGUCGAAUGGGCAGGCGGAAAGAGCGAACCAGAGCAUCCUCCAUGGAAUCAAGCCACGACUGAUGGUGCCCCUGGAGCGCGCAGCCAGAUGCUGGGCAGAAGAACUCCCCUCCGUGUUGUGGGGCAUUCGCACAACGCCAAACAGGUCGACCGGCUUCACGCCCUUCUUCCUGGUAUACGGCGCCGAAGCGGUCAUGCCCACGGACCUUGCCUACGACUCGCCACGGGUCACCAACUACGCCGAAGAAGAAAACGAACGCGCUCGCCAAGAUGACAUCGACCACCUCGACGAGGCCAGGGACCUUGCACUCUCCAGGACUGCCAUCUAUCAGCAAGGCCUCCGCCGCUACCACAGUCGUCGCGUUCACAGUCGCUCCUUCCAAGUGGGCGAUCUCGUGCUACGGCUAAUCCAAGACAAGAAAGGCACGCACAAGCUCUCCCCUCAAUGGGAAGGACCUUUCGCCGUCAGCCGUGCUGGUGACUUGAACGGCUAA